ACUCGGUGAGGAGAGGAUCGUGUGACGCUUCUCGCUCGUUUCGCACGCAAUAUUCCGCGCUUCGUUGUUGUACUUCGCGCUCAACUUCACCGAUUUACACAUUGAAACGUGCGAAACAGUUUACCGGAUUAACACGCAACUCUGUAUUUACUCUCGAUUUGGAUUAAAAAUUUAUUGUUCGCUUGGUGCACGGAUACUCGUAAGGUGCGAAGUGCAUCGUGUUUUUGGUGAGCAACGCGUUGAGCGACUCAAGUUGGAAGAUUGGGCGGAUUUAACGUGUCGUGCUCGCCGUGAAUCGUGAAUUUUUGAAAUACUCCGGAAUUUUCUUUUGUUUUCUGUGUGUUCGACGCGUUUUUGGAAUUAAAAAAAUUCACCGGAUAUCUGCGCCUGAAACGUCGAUUACGUAUUUAUAUAGAUGUGUACAAUUUUGUUUCAUACGUGCUGAAAUAGUGCCGUGAAGAGCGUCUCUACCCGUCUCUCUUGCACAACAGGCCACGAGACUUCCAACAGUUUGGUUGGGGGGUGCACCUUUUCUCGCCGCGCCACGACGCUCGUGCGCUCUCUCUCAUCUUGUCUCUUUCUCGGUCGAUCUGCACUUACCGACCGAGUAAGUAACGGCGUUUCCCCCGCGUGUUCUUCGUCGUUUGUUUUCUCAUACAUUUCGUAAUAUUUUUUCAUUAUUGCGAUUCAAAAUACAGUGAAUAGAUUGCAAAAAAGACAAGAUCCAGAUUCGGAGAAAUGAUAUUUUAGUUCGCGCAUGGCGAACGAUUGGAUGGCGAAAUACGUCGAGGCGAUUAGGAUUACGCAAACACGUCAUUCCGGCCCUCGUCAGCAAAAUUUUAUAAUUGACGUUAAAAAUUUUCGCAAUCUAUUUCUUAGCACGUAGCCCGCGUGGACAAAGGGUUCCCAAAAAACCCUUCCACCUUUUUUUCCCCCUUGUUUUAAUUUUCUGUCGAGCUUGCCGCGAUUUUUUUAAAACGUACUGAAGUUCGCCGUUUUAGCACCGAGAGUGCGCGCAUGCUUGGUGCGCGUCUGGCUUGACGCGAUGUCGGGCUUCUCGUGAAGUGUUUUUCAUCGUUUUUUCGUGUGCGGCCCGAGGAUUCAUUCCUCCUUGGCGAGAGGAAUUUCACAAUUUUAUAUACUUUUCGGUGUUGCCAUACGUUGUGUUUUAACUUCCGUGUACGCGUCUCGUCGUGCUUUCACACUUCGCAAGCGAUCGUCCCGACAAACUGGAGCGUCUUUUUUUAUUGUUCCUACGGCUGUGAUUACUGUUUUCUUCGCUAAAUAUGUAUCCCACUGCCGGCAUCAAUGCUGCCGCUGUCGCUGCGGCCGCAGCCGCGAGACACCCGGGACCCCCACAACCCGGCCAGUCUUUCAAAUUCACUGUUGGAGAAUCUUGUGACAGGAUCAAGGAGGAAUUCAACUACCUUCAGGCACAGUAUCACAAUAUUAAGUUGGAGCUGGAGAAACUCGCCCAGGAGAAGACCGAGAUGCAGCGCCACUACGUCAUGUAUUACGAAAUGGCCUACGGACUCAACGUCGAGAUGCACAAACAGACUGAGAUAGCGAAGAGGCUGAGCGCGAUUAUAGGCCAGAUCCUGCCAUUCCUAUCGCAGGAUCAUCAUCAGCAAAUUGCCGGCGCGGUUGAAAGGGCGAAGCAGGUCACAAUGACGGAGCUCAACGCCAUUAUCGGGAGGCCAGAUCUGCCGAGGCUCCUGCAACAAAUGCAGGCACAACAUUUGCCCCCCGGUGCCGCGAUGGGUCCUCAUCCAGGGAUCCCCGCCUUACCGAGUCUCGCACCGGGCGGUGUACCCACAUCCGCAUCGGCGAUGCUUGGACUUGGAUUGCCACCGGGUGCCGGGGCCGCACCGGGCGCAGGAGGCGCACAUCCACUUUCGAUGCUCGCCAAAUCCGACCUCCAUCGAGGACCCCACGACGACAUCAAGCCCAACGGAGGCCUGAAUCCUGCCGAGGAGAGGCAUAGAAACUCGAUAUCACCUGCAGAGCGUGAAAAAUACAGUAGACCAAGAAGUACACCUGAUUCACAACAUCAUGAUCACAUGCAUUUGAAAAAAAUGAAGAAAGAAGAAAAAGACAUCGGCCAUCAAAGCGACGGUGAGAAAAGUGACCAGGAUUUAGUGGUGGACGAUGGUGACGAGGGUCCUGGCAGUCCAGCAGCAAACGGGACGUCAUCGCCUCGGGAAAAUGGUCUGGACAAAAUGGGUGGUUCGUCGAUCGGUCAAAUGGGUGGACAAGUGAAGAAGGAAGUACCACCGCCAUCGCCACGAAGUGGAACUAGCAGUAACGCAAGUACACCAUCCGCGAAGAAGAUGGAGGACAGAGAAAAGCCAACGACACCAAUAUCAAAGCCCGUAACUCCAACGUCAGCCGGUGGUAGUAGCUCCAGUUCAGGAGGUCUCAAGUCUUCGAGUUCGAGCAAAGCGCUCGUCUCAGCCUCCGCGGUCGGUUCCUAUCCUCCUCAUUAUCCACCUCCUCAUCAUCCACCCUCGGGUCCUCACGUUGACAUGCUUGGAUAUCCACCUGGUGCACUUAAUGGUUAUCCAGCUAGGCCACCACUUCAACAACUCUAUGACCCUCACGGUGGCAUGAGAGCUCCCCUUGGGCCACUCGGCGUGCCCGGUGGAAAACCAGCGUACAGUUUUCACGUAUCGAGCGAAGGCCAAAUGCAGCCAGUUCCAUUUCCUCCGGACGCGUUAAUAGGACCAGGAAUACCGAGGCACGCGCGUCAAAUAAAUACUCUGACGCACGGCGAAGUAGUGUGUGCAGUGACGAUUUCAAACCCAACGAAAUACGUUUACACCGGUGGUAAGGGUUGUGUCAAAGUUUGGGACAUUAGUCAGGGCGGAGGUGGCAGUACGAAACCGGUAUCCCAAUUGGACUGUCUACAGCGGGAUAAUUAUAUAAGAUCGGUGAAGCUCUUGCCGGAUGGUAGAACAUUGAUCGUCGGUGGUGAAGCGAGUAAUUUGAGUAUAUGGGAUUUGGCGAGUCCAACGCCGAGGAUCAAGGCCGAAUUAACCUCGUCCGCGCCGGCAUGUUACGCUCUCGCGAUAUCCCCCGACUCGAAGGUCUGCUUCAGCUGUUGCAGCGACGGUAACAUCGCCGUUUGGGAUCUCCAGAAUCAAACGCUCGUAAGACAAUUCCAGGGACACACCGAUGGCGCAUCGUGCAUCGACAUCUCCGCCGACGGCUCCAAAUUGUGGACCGGUGGACUCGACAAUACCGUUAGAUCGUGGGACCUUCGCGAAGGCAGACAACUCCAACAGCACGACUUCACUUCGCAAAUAUUCUCACUCGGCUAUUGUCCGACCGGUGAAUGGCUCGCCGUUGGCAUGGAAAAUUCAAACGUCGAAGUUUUACACGCCUCCAAACCCGACAAGUAUCAAUUACAUCUUCACGAAUCCUGCGUCUUAUCUUUGAGAUUCGCAUCCUGUGGAAAAUGGUUCGUCUCCACUGGCAAAGAUAAUCUUCUUAAUGCUUGGCGCACGCCUUAUGGCGCCUCGAUAUUCCAGUCGAAAGAAUCCUCGUCGGUCUUGAGUUGCGACAUUUCAACCGACGACAAGUACAUAGUGACAGGAUCGGGUGACAAGAAAGCGACCGUGUACGAAGUGAUAUACUGAGGCUCCAAAAUCGUUUGUUGAUAGAUGAUAAAAAGAAGAAGAAGAAGAAGAGAUGAAAAAACUCAAAGUGUACGCUUGUUAAGAUAUUUAUGAAUUUAAUAUAUCAAGAAGUUGAAAAGAAGAGAAAAUUCCGCGUGACUCGAUCGAAUCUCGGAAGUUUUGAUGAAUCCGAGUGUGAAGACGAUCGAAAAAUGAAGAAAAAAAAACAAAACAAAACAAACUGACGUAACGGAACAAUAGUGACGAUGAAACGAAUGAAACUAUGAAUUCUACAAUCGUGAUACAGAAACUCGAAUGCGAAAAUAAUGUUUCGAUAAGGGGAUAAAAGAUCGUUUGUUAUUGCAGCAAAUUCUCGUCGCAGUGUCGAAAAAAAAACGAGCCUUCCUUUUUUUACCAAACAUGUCGAGCUUUUUACGGGGAAUUCAGGCGCUCCGAGCUCUCGAGAGAAUAGCCAGCGAAUGGGAAUACAAACGAGCAAAAAAAACCAUACAAAAAAACCAGAAUAAAUCUGACAUUCCGGGAUCGUUUUUUUGCGACUGAAGUAUAUAUUAUGUAGUUACAAAUAAAUAUAUUAUAUGAAAAUGUGAAUUAAGAAUUGUAUAGAACCUUAUAGCUAUUAAGUAGGGAAACAUUUUAGCAAUGUGACGAGUCUGCAAGUACACGAAAGUUGCAGAUUUUUAUUAUUUUUUACCGUCUUUCUCCUUUUUUCCGUAUACAUUUACUUUCUUUUCAUCCGAAAAAUGCUUAGAUUUUUCCCGAGCAUGAAAACUGGCAAGAAUUAACUAAAUGAAAUAAAAUGUGUUUACGUUUAUUGGAGAAACGUGUUGCUUGUGUAAUAUAGAGCUCUAUUAUAUUCUAAGUGCGAAUGAAAUUUUUAUAGAUGAUUCGUUAUUUUGCGAAAAAAUGAACGUGUGAGAGAUCGAGUGAGUACGUGUGCAAGAUGUAGAGGGAGAGAGAGAGAGAGAGAGAGAGAGAGCAGGUGAGAACUGCAGAACGAAUAGUGAGAUCGACUUGAUAUUACAUGUGAAAAAAAUGAAUUACUGCGUACAGUGGAUUGACCUUAGCCUGUCUUCGAAAGCAAGAAAACAAUCUGAACGAAGUAAGAAAAAUUUCAGAAUUGUAGAACUUUAAGAGCUGAAGAAAAUUUCGUUUUUUUUUAAAUAUAAAAAGUUACGGAGUUGUAUUAUGGACACACUGUACAGGGUGUAGAUAAUGUCAGUGAACAGGGGAAACACACACACACACACACAUUGCAUUCUCUGCUAUUAAAAUUAACAUGAAUUGCGGAUGCGAGAAUAUUACAAGACAAAGUAUUCAAAUAUGACAUACGAACAGAACGUGACUUAUUUUUCCAACGAAUCAAUCUUGAAUACAAAAUUAGCUGACCCGAAUGGUUGAUAAUUUUUUUUUUAUAUCGUUUGAAACGUUUUUGGUUUCUAGCAAGGCCAAAAAUAAUGAUUUUAUGUUGAAUUUAUCAAAUGAUUGAUCGAUAAUAAGCUACCAUGGAUAUUAUUUUCUACACGUCAAAAAAAAUAAAUUCAAUUCGUGAUUAUUCCAUUUGUUUUCUUUGUCUACACAAUGAAACAUGAACACAAAAUGGAAAUACUUGGAUUAAGAAUAUUCCCACGAAAUAUUUUUGUGACUGUCAUCUAUAAUACUUAAGUCUAGCGAAUGAAAUAAUAUGAAUAAUGAUCGAAUCUUUUUAUUCUAACUGUGAAUAAAACUAGGGCCAAUCGAAAACAGACGAUGAUCCGAACACAUUAUAUUGUGAAGGAAUAACCUUCGUACCAAUUCGUAUGAAAAAGAAAGAAAAAAUUGAAAAAAGACAGCAGGAAUCAUUCGACGUUCGUACUUCACAAAAUUUUGAGGUUAUAAAAGCCGGAGGACUCUCAUUAUAGAGUAAUUAGCACAUUAUUCAGAGCUCCGUGCGCACGUGGAACGAGAAUGAUGAUCGAGGAAGAUAAAGAACAUGUGCAUAUACCGGAUAUUUAUAUUUUUUGUUACAGGAUGACACUAAAACAUUGCUGCUGUGGUCGUGCGAACAAAGCUUUCGUUCUUUGAAAAAAAAAAAAAAAAAAAAAAAAACACAGUAUUACCGUAAUGAAUACAUUUGUAAAAAAUUUAGAAACACUACACAGCUUCUUUCUAAUUAUUACUUUCAUUUCAAACGUCACGAAAGCUUUGUACUUACGGCCACGGUUCCGAUAAUAGACCAAUAGAAACAACGAUACCUCAGGAGACUCAAUAAUUAAUGAUCGCUAACGAAUCAGCUGUACAAAUCGAUAUUCUUUUACAGUAAAACAGGAAAAUAACGAACAAGAAUCACUCUCACACACACACACACACACACACACACACCAAACGGUAGUUGCGAAUGCGAGCAAAAAAGUUAUCACCAUCCCUCAUAAAUCGUUGAUGUAUCAAAUACCUUUGAGAAAAAUUACGAUAAAAACAUGUAUAAAGAUAUUUCACCAAAAUUGCAUAAAUGACAAAUCGGAAUGCGCGUGCUUUCCGUUGCGACACACUUACUUCUCCCCCCCCCCCCCUCUGCCCUUUUGCCGAAAAGGAGUUUGAAAACAGAAAAUUAGAAAACAGAAAGCCACUAGAAAGAAAUUAUUCAUUUUAUGCACAGUAUCUUGUUGUUCCUAUAGGUACGCAGACAGAAUAAAAUUGUUUCUUUUUUUUUGUCAA